AUCAUCUCUGGUACACUCCCAAACAAUAUAACCAGUUUAACAUUUUCAAGAGAGUACAAUCAUCCCAUUGAACCAGGUGUACUACCCUCAUCUCUAAAAAUACUUACGUUUGGAUCAGAGUUCAACCAACCUUUGGCCAAAGGUACAAUCCCUCGAAAUUUGGUCAAAUUAACAUUUGGAUAUAUGUUCAACCAGGACAUAUCUCCUGGUUUACUACACGGCACACUUAAAACAUUGAUCUUUGGACACCUCUAUGGAAACCUGAAACAUACGACAAUAGUCCAUGGAUCACUUCCAUUUGGUCUAAGUUCAUUGACAUUUGGGGGACGAUUCAAUCAAGUGUUUACCAAAGUUCUACUUCCUUUAUCUCUAAAGAGUUUGGUAUUGGGUUCAGAUUACAACACACCUAUGAAGAGUGGCGCCCUUCCUUUGUCACUGGUGGAACUCACUUUGGGACGUAACUUUCAACGUGCUCUCCAUGAGGUUAGCUUUCCUUCAAGUCUAAAGACACUUUACAUCAAGGACUAUACACAUUGUAGAUACCUGGCCUGUCAACCACACUCAAUCGAACAUGUUAGCUUCAGUUUCAUGCGAUGUAUAUCAUUUGUGGAUGCACUUGACGUUACACCAGUAGUCAGUACUUUACAAAUGUUAAUUAUUACUGCUAAUGUAUUCGAUAUCAACACAAUGGAUAAGCUAUUGACACUAUUACCAAUUGUACUGGAUCGCUUCCCUGGUGAAAGGGUAAACACUUUCAACUUGUUACAAUUAGAUCAAUCCAAUCAAUCUGUCCUAAUGUGGUUAAAGAUAAGAGUAUUGGUAGAUAGAUCAACACACAAGAGGGACAAGCUAUUAUGUAUCAUUGGAUAUGGAGACCACAAGAACAUCUUUGUUGAUAUCCUACCAUCUGGUAGUCAACCUUUUCAUAGUAAACUUUGGAACAUUAUCAAGAAUAGUGUUGGC